AUGAUGCUUCUCUACAAAUUUCCAGUGGUGUGCUCUAACAAGAAGUUCUACUUAUUCUUCCAUUGCACAGCCUACUUCAAAGACACCACCAAGAUGCAGAAAACACAAGCCUUUCUUUGGAUCCUACUAAUCAGUAUUCUACUGGAGGCCAACACCAUCCUUGCAGCCAAUCAUCUAAUGAGACAAUGGCGUUUAAGGGGAGAUGCCUCAGGCAGAGUCACCAGCCUCCCAAUAAUACCCAACCAAGAUGACCACAUCAUCUUCUCUUCGGAUCUAGAAACUAAAGAAUGGAAAGUAGAAAACUCUAGUUCUGAGCACUCUCUGCUCUGUAAGAUCCGAAAAUCAGGCACAAUCAAUUGGAGAGUCGUCCAGAUAAUCCCACCCAAUUCAGAAAUCAGAACUGGUAUUGGUAUGAAGAAAGCCAUCUGUUCUUUACGGAAGAUGGUGUUAUCAUUUUUUAUGAUGUUACUUGUGAUCACUCCCCAUGCAUUAAGAUAA